AUUGUCACUUGUCAGUGUCAAUAUAAUGAAAUUGUUUUUGUGUCAUUUUCAUUUAUAAUUCAGGAAAAUUUUUGGCGUAAAUUACUCAUGAUCGGUGAAACAGCGUAAACAGUAGUACUUUAAAUGUCAUGGUUCUCGGACCUCGCUGGCAAGGCAGAAAGCCUGCUCAACAAUCUCGACGAACAGACAGGUGCAGUUCUGCGGAAUAAUAAUGGCGUAAAAGAAACGUGGGGUCCAAAGAAGAAAACGAUUUCUAGGAAUACGAAAAGAAAUUCAAAUGUACCUGAAACAAGAUCUAGUUAUGGACCUUCAGGUUCACCAACAAAAUUUCACCAGCCACGGACUGCAAUUAAACAAAGCCAGGACAAUGUUAAAACAGCCCAAGAAAAUAACAGAAGAAAGUCACCUGGAAGAAAACCUACUCAAUAUCUUAAUAACAGUCCAAAGACAGUAGUUGGUGAUUUCAAUGACAAUAAAGCAAUGCAUCAAUAUGGACUCAGACAUAGAAGAUACAGUUUGCCUUCAGAUUUAGAAAUAUUAGAUAAUGAUAACAUAGCAUAUAAUAUGCAAAACUGUGAAAUUGAAAAUGCAAUGUUGAAAAAUGAACUUAAUGUUAUGAAUAGAGAGGUUUCAGAAUUGCUUGACAGAUUAAGCAAAACAGAAGAUGAACUCAAAAUCGUACAGACUAAAUUUGAAAAUAGUGAAAAACUAAACCACAUGUUAAAAGAAGAAAAAGAAACAUUGGUCGCUCAAGGUGAUAAAACAAAGCAACAAGAAAAUGAAGUGAACAAUUUACAGAGCAAAUACAUAGAACAGAAUCAAAAACUGGAAUCGAGUGUUCAUGCAUUGGAAUAUAAAAAUGUUGAGUUAGAAGAAAAAGUUAAAAAACUCACAGGGGAAUUAAGCAAUAAAGAGGUAGCACAAAAUAAAUUAGAAAAUGAGUUGCGACAUGCACAAACAAUGAUAAGUGAAAAACAAAAUGAAAUUGAAAAGUCGCAGGCAGAGUGUCAUCGCUUAGAGAAAGAUUGGGAAGCAUACAAAUUGAGAGUUAAGAAUAUGCUUUUUGCCAAAGAUGAUGAAAUUAAGUCAUUACGUGAAGGAGGCAACUCUACAGAAGAUACAAAGAUGUUAGUGGAGCAGAUAGAGUCGCUAAAAGAAGAAAGGGAAGAUUUAUCACAAUCGAUAUCUCGUGUGCGUCAGGAAUGCGAUGAUAUGAAACACAGCAUGUCCCAGCUGGAACAACGGUACAGCGCAGCCGAGCGUGUCGUCUCAGCACUACGAGAGACACUGAAGGAAGAACGUAGUUCUAGAAACAGGGCGGAAAUGCAAUGUCUUACUUUGGGAAAGGAAUUACAAUCUUUACAAAUCGAGUCUGCAGAGACUAUAGCAAAUUUGCGAGGUGCUUUAGAAAACAAAGAAGAAGAAUUAAACAAUCUAAGGGAGACAGCGUCCGCUGUUCCCAUAAGUGACGCCAGUGCUUUGAAUGUGGCCGAUUAUGACGUCAUCAAGGAUAUCGAUAACGAAAAGAUUCAUUAUUUAACGCAAAUGCUGAUACAGAAACAAGGCAAGAUAGAUACACUGUUGGCUGAUAAUAAUAUAUUGAAAAUACAAUUGGAUAAAUUACAGUCGAAACACCGAUCAGAUUUGGCGUCACUCCGUUCGAAGUAUUCACACAGCGUUGUUCAUUUACAAGAUGGCGACACUCGUAUCCGCUCCAGGCUGAAUUAUUCCGAAUCACCUCUAUCUGCACUAUCAUUACGUAUUGGCGUUAUGAUGAAGAGAUUUCCAAUAGUUAGACUGUUUAUUUUGAUUUAUAUGAUCGGCCUACAUUUAUGGGUGCUGACAGUGCUCUUCACGAAUACGCCAGAGGACUACGUGCCGCGACCGACAAAAUUAUGAAUGUAUUAUAAUUAAUAACACAUUGUAUGUUUAAACGAAUAUCACACAGUACCUUGUGUAAAUAUAGCAAUAAUAUAAUUUGCCACGCAAUUGUGUGCCUUCCCCCUCACCGAUAAGAAGCAAAUAUACCUACUAAUGUCUUGAAGCUAAUUUAUAUAAAUUAAAAUGAAUUUAAAUACAAAAUAAUUAAACAUAUGUGUAACUAUUUUCCCAUUAAAAAAGGAAGUAAUAAUUUGUUAUGAGAUUAUCUGUCGCGAAUCUCUAAAAAAAAACAUUAGUUCUUCAUGCCAUAGAAUAACUUGCCAGUAUCUAUUUUUAUUAAUUUACAACUAAUUUUAACGUUCUUUUAAAAAAUAAAAUUAUAUUUAUUUUAUUUUAUUAGGUUACAAAUGUAUAAUCAAUAAAUUGUUAUACAUGAUUUCUUCUUUUUGUACUCAAAGAAAGUGACAAUCCGAGAGUAGACAAUACAUGCGAAUAGAAUCCAUUAAAUAGACGGGCCGGUUGGCGUGGUUGGUAGAUACUUUUUCACGCCGAAGGAUGUGGGUUCGAUUCCCACCCAGGACAGACAUUUGUGUGCAUGAACAUGUCUGUUUGUCCUGAGUCUGGGUGUUAUUAUCUUUAUAAUUAUGUAUUGAUAAAAGAAAAGUAGUAUAUCAGUUGUCUGGUUUAUAGCGUACAAGCUCUGCUUAGUUUGUGAUUAGAUGGCGUGUGUAUUCACACACGGCAUUCUUCACGGCUGGGACAUUCGUCCCAGGACAUUAUUAUUAUCAGUAUUUUAUAAACAAAUUGGCCGUGGGAUCUGGCGUAUGUAGAAAACCGAGUUUUUUAGGUACUGAAUGAAUUUAUAGUUAAGGAAACCAAUAAAUAAAUAUGGUGUCAAAUAAAUAAAAACGUAGUUUCGUUACUACAAUAAA